GUUUCAUCUUUACGCGACUCUAUAUUAUAAACAUAGACUCUGAUUUGAAGAUUUUUCCGGUUUUUCGAGCAGUUGCAAAUAAUUUUUAAAAACAUCUGGCAUCUCUGGCAUCAUGCCUUUAUUCCCAUUGCUCUAAAUUCUCAGCUAGUUUGCGACAUUUCCAAGUUCUGCGUAACACCUUAUCAAAAUGUCUGAUCCGGCGCCACGACCCAUGAAGUAUCCUUAUACUUUUUCCGCUCAGUUAGCACAGUUUCCAUUGCAGCAUUACUUCAAAAAACAAUGGGUCUUUCGCUACUAUUUCAUUGCUUUUGGACUAUCUAUCCCGUUGUUUUAUAAGAUUAGUAAGCUUGCUAACUCCCCGGCAAACGUUGCCAAAUGGGCUGAAUCCAAACGAAAGGAGCAUGCUGAGCAUCACUAAACACGAUUCUAGAUUCAAGGUUUGUUUAGUUAUGCGACUGAAUGGCAUUAAAUACAAUGAGUGAAAAAUAUUCACGAA